UUCAACAUGACUUUUUUUUAAAUCAAUGUGUUUAGACUAAACUUGGAUCCAAUUACCCUUUAACCCUCUUAAAGGGUUAGGGUUAGUAUUCCCACAAAUACUCAUUGAUAUAAAGCGGCCAGUGUGGACUCCGGAAAUUCCCGAACCUCCCCAACCGGCCUACAAAAUAUUGGCAUCUCCCAAUGUGUUUGGAUGUUCGAGACUGUGAAUAAAGUGAAACUGAAAGUACGAUAUUGUGGAAGUUUGUUUUGAAUUCGUAGAACUGAAAAUGGCAACGAACACCAAGGAUAAUAUAUUAGACUACCUGAAAACCUGCCAAAACAAUUCUUCAGAAUUACACAGAAUUAUAAAACACAUUAAUUUACCUAAGAAGACUGUAAAUCACCAAAUCUACGAACUUCAAAAACAAGGUUUGGUGGAGAAACUGCAGGUAUCGCCACCGAUUUGGCAGCUGACUUCGCGUGGAGAAAUCACAAAAAAUGCCAAUGUGAGUCUUCUGAAAAUAAAACAUUUAAAAUCUAUAUCAUUAAAAAAUAGAAUGCCAAGAAGAGGGGAAAGAGUGGUAGUGCAAAGAGGUAGAGGUGGAGCAAGGGGUGUUAGAAGAGGGUCCAAAAGAGGUCAAGGACGUGGAAGAGGUCAAGGAAGGGGUCAAGGACAUGGCUUUGGAAGGGGUCACGGUCCAGAUGUAGGUUAUGGUGAACCAUGGGGAGUAGUUCAAAGAAACCAAGGGAAUCUGGAAACAGGAAACAGAUGGGUAAUCGGUAGAGGUAACAAUUCCAGACAUGCAGGUUCAGAACAUUCAGUACAUGUACAAAAUCCAGUACCAAUAGAACCAUCACAGGCUGGUGGUAGGGACACAUCUGAACAAAUUAUGAAAGUGAUUUCUGAUUCUACAAAACCACUUACUGCAUCUAAUAUUUGUGAUUCAAUAGGCACUUACAUUACUAUUGAUAUGGUUAAUAAAACUCUUAGAGAAUUAAUAGAAAAAAACCUAAUUACAAAAAUUCCUUCUCAUUCACGCGAAAAUGACUCCUACACCCUUAAAUUGUCCAUACAAAGACAACAAACAGACAUUGAAGAGGAAAUGCAAACAGACAAUGCACAGGCGCCAUUCCAAGAAUCAGUAAAACAAAUCAGUAUAAAGGAAGAGCCACCAUUACUGGAUUGUCCACCUUUGAAUGAGAAACCACUGUCAUUGGAUAGUCCCCCUUUGAAAGAUGAACCUGUAUCAAUGCAAACAGACAAUACACAGGCACCAUUCCAAGAAUCCGUAAAACAAAUCAGCAUAAAGGAAGAGCCACCUUGUCCACCUUUGAAUGUAAAACCUGUGUCAUUGGAUUAUCUCCCUUUGAAAGAUGAACCAGUAUCAAUGGACUGCCCUUCAUCUUCAGUUGGCUUCUUACCUGAUAUUCAGAAUAAUCCUAUGAAAACAAAUGAACCUCGUGUGAAAGUUGAACCAGAAAUUACAGAACAUAAUGAUAAUUUCGAUUUAGAAGAAGAUGGAACCUCAUUUAACAGUAUCUCAGCCACAACUUUAUCUUAUGUAGAUCCUGAAACCGAAUUCAUGAAUAAAGUUUUAGUUACGCUUGCUAAUCGAUGUUUUGAAACAGCAGCCAGUUUUGUUCUUGCUAAAGAUCUCAAUGCAGACCAAAAAGAUGUAGAAAAUAGCCUUAAGGAAUUGGCUUUUGAGAAACUAGUUGCCAAAACAGGGACUGCUUGGACAGUGACAAAAAAAGGUGAUACAUUCCUUGCUGAAAAUGGAUUGAAAGUGAAAAAUGAUGCGUCACCAACACAAAAUUUGGGGAGAGGUCAGAGGUUAAAACAAGCUAUUUCUGGUCCUCCUCAAUCACCUCUAGCUCUUGUUCGAUCAAGUUCGGUUUUUGGAAGUGAUUGUGAGAAACCCCCUCCUUUGUCAGAAGUAAAGUCGUUUCAAAUUCCAAAGCCUCCAUCCAUUCAGUUACCCCCUAGUGUCACACAGAAUUCAUCCACGCCUUUUCAAAAUCGGAUCAAUACAAAUUCCACAUCUGUCAAUCAAGAUCAAUCACAGACGUCAUCGUUAUUGAGUGGCGUUCAGACUAAUAUGAAUAUAAACCGUGGUAUGGGACGUGGCUGUCAAAUCGAACAAAUGCAGAAUUUACUAGCGCAGAUGUCACCAAAUGAUUCUGGAAACAGAGUUGUAAAAAUUCCACCGACUCCUAUGCAAGUCAUAAAUCAGGAACAGACACAAUUUCAACCCCAAAAUCAACCCAAAAAUGUCGAACAGGGAAUAUUACCUGCUACGUUAUUAAACUCCACGCAAACAUCAUCAAAAACUUUAAAUUCUGUAAAUUUGCCGCCCUCAUUGUUGCCAUAUUCCCUCAAUAAAGCACUGUCACAUCCAUCAAAUAUCUCACCAUCUUCACAGUCAUCCAUAUUAAUGCCAUCAUCUUCAUCAGCCAGUGAUUCAUCCAACAAUUUACAAAUCAGCGCAGAAAGUUUUUCAGCAGUGAAUAAAAAUCCUAUAAGUGCUUUAAUGGAGUAUGCUCAGUCCCGUCACUUAACAGCAAAGAUAGAAAUACUUGGCCAAAGAGGUCCAUCACAUAAACCCACGUUUACUAUAGCAGCCAUUAUAGGUUCUAGAAUGUUUCCUAAAGUUAAAUCUCAUAACAAAAAAGAGGGUCGUACAGAAGCCGCUGAUGUAGCGUUAAGAACUCUUCUGUCAGAGGGGGAAUACAAAGUGAGCCAGGAACCCUCGCCAGCUCCUGUUAUGGCUAAUUUUGACAUGACCCAUUUUGAUAAUAUGGCUGCUCUAAGUCAUCAAUCCUUCAACAAAUUAAUUGCUUCAAUACCAGAGAAGUUUGCCGGACGUAAGAUUAUAGCAGCUUUAAUAAUGAAGACGGGGAAAGAUGAUGUAGGAACUGUAAUCAGUGUUGGAUCAGGUAAUCGUUGUAUAACUGGUGAACAAUUAAGUUUAGAAGGUAAUACAGUCAAUGACUCACAUGCUGAAAUCAUCACAAGAAGAGGAUUUUUACGAUAUUUAUAUAAACAAUUAGAAACAUAUAAAAAAGGUAGUGAACAUGAAUUUUUUGAAAGCAGUAAUAAUGGAAAGUUAAAAGUUAAAUCAAAUAUAACAUUCCAUCUCUAUAUAUCUACAGCACCAUGUGGUGAUGGUGCUCUCUUUUCACCAAGAGAUGCCGCUUCUAAUCGGGGACCUGUAUCUAAUGUAGAAUGUCAUGAUCAUGAACCAACAUUUACUAGUAAUGUGCAGGGUUUAUUACGUACUAAGAUGGAAGGAGGUGAGGGCACUAUUCCAGUUGAAACAGAUUUCACAGUGCAAACAUGGGACGGUAUCGUGCGUGGAGAGCGGUUACGUACCAUGUCUUGCACUGAUAAGAUCUGUAGGUGGAAUAUUGUCGGUAUGCAGGGGGCAUUACUCUCUCACCUUCUUGAUCCCGUUUAUCUUAACUCUUUGACAUUAGGAUAUUUGUACGAUCAUGGUCAUCUAUCUAGAGCUGUUUGUUGUCGUGUUGGUAAAGGUACAGACGACAUCAAUCAACAAUUACCAGAUGGUUAUCAUCUCAAUCAUCCCUGGUUAGGGAGAAUGACAGCCUGUGAACCUCAGAGAGAGACCCAGAAAACCAAAGCAUUGAGUAUUAAUUGGUGUUUAGGUGAUGAGAAACCCGAGGUGAUUGAUGGUGUACAGGGAAGGUGUUAUACGGGUGUAGAAAGCCAUUUCUUCUCGCGUGUUUGUAAAAGAGACCUGUUCACAAGUUUCCAAUCAGUGUGCAAUAAAUUUGGUCGCACAGAUCUUCUUGCAGCAAAAAGCUAUAACGAUGCCAAGAAGAUGUCAAAAGACUUUCAGAAUGCCAAGAGCAUUAUGUUAAAAAGACUGAAAGAUAAUGGGUUUGGCAUCUGGGUGUCCAAACCUGUAGAAGAAGAAAUGUUUGGAUUAUGAAUCGUGAAUAUGUGAAAUAGCCAAUCAUAGGAGGAUCGUCUCAAAACUUAAUGAGUAUAUUAUGUGACCUGUGAAAGCAAAAUGAGUCGGAAGUCGAAAGUCUUUUACAUUAUGAACAAAAAUAUUAGAAUAAGCUAAAAUUUAAAUGAUACAACAUGAAAGGUAAAAGUUUAGAUUUGACAAAUAAAGCAAGCUAAAUUUUUUUAAUAUUUUUAUUUUGACAUUAAGAAAGCAGGAGACAAUUCAUCCCUGGUUUCCUCAGUGGUCGCAUUCCGUUCUACUCCACUAUACACUGGGUUAAAAUAAGCUAAGAUUUAAAUGAUAUAACAUGAAAGGUAAAAGUUCAGAUUUGACAAAUAAAGCAAGCUAAAAAAUAUUUUAUAAUUCAACAUUUUUUUGAUAUUUUGUUAGUAUAAACAAUGACUUCCGACUCAUUUUGCUGUCAUAGGUCACAUAUGUAUAUACCUUUAGGGUUGGAUAUCGCUGGAAUGAGACCAUGUUUAAUUUAAAUAAUUCUCUAAAUGGGGAACAAAAACGGUUUGAUAUGUAAGGUAAAUACACAUAAUGUGCUGACAGGUAUAGAUGAUGUCUGAAACAGAAAAUUAAAACAUAUUUAUUAUAGGACCCGCAUUCUAUCCUAAACAAAAAAAAUACACAAUAUACAACAAAAUUAAAACAAUAGAGUUAGAUGUGUAAGAUGAUAUCUGGUGUUCCGUAAAAUUUUUCCAAACCUAAUGUUUAAAACAUAGCAAUUACAUGUAUAUCUAGGUGAUGUGUACAAAUUUUCCCACUGAAACAGAAGAUAUUUACAAGAUAUUAAUAUCUAAAAGAUAAUCAAUGUAACAAGAAGGUCUGAGAAGAUUGUGAAGAGUUUCAGAAUUACUGUCUGGAAUUUGGUCGUACUUUUCAGCAUAAUUUAUGCUUUUACCUUAUAGUUGUUCCACCACAAAGAAACAUGUGAAGCUCGAUACUGUUGAUGUUAUGCAAAGAUCUUGUGAUGUAUGAUGUCAUUAAGAUAUCUCCAAAAGGCCAAAAAUAAAAAUAACUGUGUUUAUGGUUAAUUGGCCACAUAAAAAAGGGUUUGUUGGUUGGAAAAUCUUUUUUAUCAGUCAAUUUAAAUCAACAUUGAUGUUGUUAUCUUACCAUAAAAAGAUGGGCUUCGGUUAGGUUAUUUUAAAUACUGGAAAGUGUUUAUUAUUUAUUUGGGCUGAGGUAGGUCGGUAACCGUAAACACAGGUCAUUUUUGUUUUGGCCUAAUCUAAUGACUUGAUGCAAUCUGAUUAAAACACAGAUCCUAUUUCGUUUCGUUUUUUUAUGGUUUUAAAAUUUCGUUUUACUUGUCUUUACUACAUUAGGAUCUGGAAGAGCAGUCGUAUAAGCCUCGUUCUGGUUGAUGUGAGUGAUUAGCCAAUGAAAAGGUCUGUUGCGAUGAGUUCUUGCUGUGCUGUACACAGAACUGUGGUAGAGAUUCACAGCAAGACAAAGAAAAAGUUGUAUUUGCAAUUACCCACUAGAAACAUCAACGCUGAUUAGUUAAUCAAAUGUCUGACGUCAUAGGAUCAAAAGCCGCUCGAAUGACCUGUGAGGCAUCCGCCCACUACAACUGGUGAGAUAUUCAUGUAGUGGAGGCCAGCGAAAGUAUAAAAAAACGAAAUAUAGAUCUGUAUUUAAAUCAGAUUGGGGCAGAUGCUUUGCCUAUGUCACCUGUUGCAGAUUAUACUAAAGGUUGUUAAGUCCGUGGCUAAAACACCUGUGCUUCAAGGCGAUAGUGUAGUUAGUGAAUGUAAAGAUGUCUUGCAAAAUGGACUGAUAUAAACUAUGAUUAUUGUAAAUUUAUCAUGAAUUUUGUAAGCUCACUCCACGCUGGAGCUGCUAAACAUUCCAGUGUCAAUUCUCAGCUUCGUUAAUCAUGUUUUUCCUCCAUGGUGAACAUCUCUCACAUAAAAUUAAACAAGACAAAAAUGUUUUAAACAUUUUCCGACAAUGGAUGAUUGCCCAGAAUAGAGUUGGUGUCAGACCACCAAUUAAUCAUAAAUGCAUUGUUAUGUGUCACUUUUAGCUUAGAUUUAAUUAUUUAGAAUUAAAAUAAAAGUUUAACCAAACAUAAGGUUUCAAUAUUUUUUUUAAAAUUAAACCAAACAUUGGAUUUUAAUAUUUUUUAGAAUUUAACCAAAGAUUAAAUUUUUUAGAAUCUAACCCAACAUUGGAUUUUAACAUUUUUUAGAAUUCAACUAAACAUUGGAUUUUGAAAUUUUUUAGAAUUUAACUGAAAAAUUAAUAUUAAUGUUUACUUAUAUCUCGACUUCUAAAUAGUAUCACCAAUACAUGUAAAUUUUUAUAUUUAGUGCUAGAGAAUUUAUAAACUAUAAAAUGAUAUCUGUUGCAAAAAAAAGCUUUAUUUUAAUAUUUUUUAGAAUUUAACCAAAGAUUAAAUUUUUUAGAAUCUAACCCAUCAUUGGAUUUUAACAUUUUUUAGAAUUCAACUAAACAUUGGAUUUUGAAAUUUUUUAGAAUUUAACUGAAAAAUUAAUAUUAAUGUUUACUUAUAUCUCGACUUCUAAAUAGUAUCACCAAUACAUGUAAAUUUUUAUAUUUAGUGCUAGAGAAUUUAUAAACUAUAAAAUGAUAUCUGUUGCAAAAAAAAGCUUUAUUUUUUUUUUUUUUUUUUUUUUUUUUUUUUGCUCGCUUUUUCCACACAGCAUCAUUUUUGUUGUUGUAUAUAUUCCUACACCUGCUUGUACUUGUGAUUACAAUUAUCAUCCAAUCAUGUGUUAACGUUUGUGCUACCAAGUAGCCAAUCGAAUUUCAGCAAUUUCUGUUUAUAAGUUCCAGCUUUCUUUUGACCUUGAUCUUGUGUAGUAGUAUAAGUCGCUGUCUUCUCACCCAUUUUUGGAUUAUCAAUUUUGAAAGACUUAAUCUAGAGUUAUUGUUCUUGAUUAUGUUGUAGAAUCUUGUCAAAACAGCAAAUGAUAUUUAUCAAUAUAAAGAUUUUGUUUUUUAUUUGCCAAAAAAUAAAAACACUACAACCAUCAUGGCCUAAAUGGUUGCUGUUGGCAUAUGUUUGGUUGUCUGUAACCUUAUCUUUUUUAUGGAUAAGCUUUAAAUACUCCAAAACUGGAACUAAGUUAAAUUAAGAAUGCAGUCUUUAUUGGCCAAGAGCUAAAUUUUGUACCAAGAUUUCAACUCUCAAACAAUGAAAAGGCUGCCUACUUAGACUAUUGUAUAUCAAGUUUUCGAGAAUAAGGCUCCAGUACUGAUUCUCUUUAUUCAACUAGUAAAAAUUGUUUUAAAUUGAUUUUUAGGAUAUAUUGAUGAAGAUAUUAUUCUGUUUUAUAGUAUUUGUAUUCAGGGUAUCAAGUAGAACCAUGAAUAAUGUUCAUUUAAUUUUUAUUGUUGACACAAGGAGAAAUUAUUCACUUGAAGCCUGGGAUAACCAACCCAAACGAUCUUGGAACUUUCAGUCCCAUUUGGAAUGAAAUAUAAUUUGUACUUGGGAUUGUAUCGUUUUAAUAUUAGGUCAUGAAUAAAAUAUUGUUUUUUAAAAUCAAAUUGUCCUUUAAAGGAUAGAAAUAUCUUUGGAUUUAGAUGAUGAUUUAAAGGGUAUGUAACUCUUGAUUUAAUAUUAUCCAUAAUAUUCGACAUUACGAACUUGUGGUAGAAAUCAGUAUUUGUACAUUGCAAUCAAUAUUGAUGUUGGAUAUCAGCAUCCUCGGUAUCCCCAGUGCAUUGUUUCUUGCUGACCUACACCACUACCCUCUGGUUUCAUCCCUAAGGUAUUCACGUAUUCAGAUUUUUUGUCCUUGAUGAUUGUGCUUUUUUUUUUCGACCAAUUAAAAAGUUUGGUAAAUACAAAGGAAGUUGGCAAAGGGAAGUAAACUUUCUCAUGCACGAGCAAACAAGUCACCAUAUUGUUGUGAAUGUAAUAAUGAGACCAAGACUGGUUUUUAAACUGUUAUUGAUUGGUUCGUAGAAUCAAGCUACAAGGACAGACAAUUUGAAUACAUGGAUAAAGCCAGGGGUUAGUGGAGUAGAUAGGAAUGAGACCACUGGGGAUACCGAGGAUGCUGAUAUCCAACAUAUAAUAUAAGACGCAAUAAUCACUAUAAAAUCAGUUCCUGACGUCGGGUUCUCUAUAGCUUUGAGUGUCAUUUGUAAUGGAGUAAGCAGCUUACUUAUAAAUUAUUAUAACAACAUUUUAAAUGUAUUAAUAAUUAUGUUGAGUAAUGUAAUAAAAAAAAAAAUGAAAAUAAAUAAAUUCGUUUCGU